UACAGCCUGCCUCAGGCUCAGUAGGGCCUACUUGCGUACUGUAAUAAUUAUCAAAGCGUGCUUAUGACAGGCUAUGAUUUAAUUUCUUGGUUAGUCAUGAAUGAUAGGGGGAACAUUGUACACUUGACAAACGUUUCAGAUGUGACCCAAAUGAGCUUUAACAUUAAUUGGCAUUGUAGAUGAUGAAAAUCAUCAUGAUGUCAUAAAACUCCGAGAGAACAACUUUCAGUUUAGCAUUGAUAUUAUUUUGUAGCAGAAUGGUGCUCCCUUUCAAAUCAUAUACCAAAUUACGCCAAACAUUUAACUGAUCUGUCAUCUCAAAGAUCACAGGGUAGGGCCUAGAAAUGUGUUUUUUUUGUUAUCACAUUUUGUUAUGGCCAUUUGUGUUAGUAAAAUAGCAAAAUGGAUAAAAUCACUAUUUAGGUCCACCUUCGAUUUGUUAUAAAGGACAUUUGUCAAUUCAGUACUGAGUAGGCCAACACUAAUACACGAAAGAUGGGGUUUUGUGGCUCGAUGCCGAAUGCCAUGAGUGUGAAGCAUGGAGUUCUUCACAACACGUGUUUCGUCGAUGUUCUAAACAUGAUUCCCCACAUUCUGUUGGUUCUCAUCUGUGUUUUCAUCAUAACGGUCUGGAACCAUUCCGUUAUUGGUAAAAUCAAAGUCACAACAUGGGUGCACUUUCAGGGUCACAAUAUUCGAUGGAUCUUGACACUGACGUUAAUUUUUCUCAAUAUUGUUCAGAUAGCAGAAGGCGUGAUAUCCGAUUCACAUGACCCCGAUUCUGUCAACUACCACACGUUUGUACCACAGUGCAUUGCAGCACUUGCGACAAUUGUCAGUAUUGUAUAUUAUCACAAUGUUGAGAUGUGGAACUCGCCCAAGUUUCUUUUGGUGCUCAUGAUCUACUGGCCAUCGGCUUCUGUCCUGAAGAUUCUCAAGGCGAUUUCUCUCUACAAGAACAACCUAACGAUCGAGUAUUUGAAACCGUGGCUACUUUGGAUCGCAAUCUCCAUCUACCUGACCAUGUUCUUUGUCGAGCUUAAUCUACUUCGGAUACAGAGGUAUUCGUUCUUUAAGAAUGCACGCUUACUGAAGCCCCCUCCAGACCUGGAGCACACAAAAUAUGUUCACUCAUACGUGAACUUCCUGUCGAAAGCCGUGUACUGGUGGGUCACUGAUCUGAUGGUGGAUGGAUUCCGACACACACUGGACCAGGAGAGACUUGGACACCUCCCAUAUAGUGAAAAGGCUUCAGUACAGUAUAAAAAAUUGAUGGCUGCUUUUGAGGAAGAAAAGUUUCAGGCCUCUCAACAGAAUAGACCUCCAUCAUUGACCAAAAGUUAUCUCAAAGCCUUUUGGAAGAUGCUCCUGUUGGCAGGAAUAUUCCGCUUGUGUGGUGACUUGUGUUCCUUUGUUGGGCCAGUCUGCAUCGAGUACAUUAUCGACUAUGCUUACGAUGUUUCCAGUACAGAUUAUCAACCAAGCUACAAUUCUUCUUCAUCUUUGCUUUUCCCAUAUGUAACGCUUGGGGAGUUUGUUUGGAAUGGUUACAUUUUGUCUGUGAUCAUUUUCCUAGCCUCCAUUCUACAGCAUAGCUUCUUUCAAAACCACCACUUCAUCGUAAUUCGAGAAGGCAUCCGACUGCGCUCGGCUAUCCAGAGUCUUGUUUACGACAAAUCUCUGAAACUGUCCACUCUGGUGAUGAGUUGCGGAACCACCACAGUUGGUCAGAUUAUGAAUCACAUGACCAUCGAUGCCACCUUUCUCAUGCAUCUGUUCUUCUUCAUCCACUACAUUUGGGCUAUGCCGCUUAUGGUCAUUCUUGGCUUACUGUUCCUGUACCUGAAGCUAGGAGUAAGCGCAGUGAUUGGUGGGAUGGUUGUCGUUCUGUGUGGUCCACUCAUGUACGGAAUGGGUGUUGUCCUCUCAAAACUACAGAAGAGGGUUCUGGUGUUUACUGACAGGCGUAUAAAACAGGUGAACGAACUCGUACAUGGAAUGAAGGUGAUCAAGCUACUGGCCUGGGAAGACGUGUUUGCUAAAAGCAUAGAGAAAACCAGAGCUUUGGAAAUCCGCUUACUAUUCCCCAUCAUGUGCAUCCGGGGUCUCAUAGGUUUUAUUGGUAUGGCAGCACCGACUAUUGGGGCCAUAAUUACCUUCAGCCUGUACUCAUACCUGGGUGACCACCCGCUGACCGCUGGCCGAGCGCUGUCCACUUUGGCACUGUUCAACCUGCUGUCGUUUCCCCUGUCUUUGCUGACCAUCUUCUCAUCGUCGCUGGCCAACGCAAUGGUCAGCAACAAGCGUCUCGUACCAUUCCUCACUGCCCUCGAAAUGACCGACACAGAAAAACUUGGACGCCGCACCCAGUCAAUUGCUGUCGAGACAUCGGACAAUGAGCUAGUGAAGUUGGACUCCAGUGUUUUCAUCGAUGGCGAGGAUGGGAUUCCUCUGACGAACCUGCGCACCAACAUGUCGUGUGCCGGCUCCAUGAGCAGCGUGGCGUCGCGCACCCCGACUCACAGCCGACAGAACAGUGGCGCCUCCCUCCUCGACGCCCUCGACAACAAGCGACUCAGCCUCAACCAGAACGCUUCCUAUGAGUGUCUCGACGUCAAGCCCAACACGAUGAUCAGGAAGACAAGCGCUCCCGUGAUCAGCACGGUAGAUUCCGACCAGCACGUCCGACAUCGGCACCACAGCACCGUGGUGUCAACAGCCGUGUCCACGGAUGGGGGAGUGGAGGACGGAGAUGACGUGACGGUGAUCGAGCUGCGUAUUGUGGUGGAGAUCAGCAAGGGGUCGUUCUCGUGGGACGUCAGCACGAAGGAGCCUGUCCUCACAGAUAUCGAUGUGAAGAUAGCUGCAGGAAAACUUGUCCUAAUUGUAGGUCCGGUUGGCAGUGGGAAGUCGUCUCUUCUGGCAGCCAUGUUGGGUGAGAUGAUCACCGUGUCUGGCUGUGUGGAAUGGGCGAGGAACAUCAACAUAGCACUUGUGUCACAAAGACCCUGGCUGAUGAAUGCUUCAGUCCGAAACAACAUUCUCUUUGGAAAGAAGUUCUCGUAUAAAAGGUAUCGAAAAGUCCUUGCCAUGUGUGCCCUUUAUCAAGAUCUUGAGAUGUUUCCAGCUGGGGAUUUGACAGAGAUUGGAGAAAAGGGUAUAAAUCUGAGUGGUGGACAGAAGCAGAGGGUUGCCAUUGCCCGUGCUAUGUAUUCAGGAGCAGACACCAUACUUCUGGAUGAUCCUUUCUCAGCACUUGAUGCCCAUGUAGGAAACCAUGUUUUCGAAGAGGCCAUUUUGAAACAUCUGAUACGCAAGAAGAAAACUGUUGUCUUGGUUACCCACCAGCUGCAGUAUCUCACUCAAGCUAAUGAUGUCAUAGUUAUGAAGGAUUGUGCAAUCAGCUUCCAUGGAAAGGUGAAUCAGUUAAAGAAAUAUGACCUUGAACUCUAUGAGUCAUGGAGGAAAGCUGUCAAAGAUGUCAAAGCCUUUGAAAUCAGAAACAAGGACUCGGAUUUGGAACAUACCAGAAGUAAGAGUGUCACAGGAGAAAUCAGCUUCGAACGUGAGCGGCCUCAUACAUUGCAGUCGAACAUGAGCCUGCCCGGCCAUGCAGCCCACCGAACCGUUUCUCAGAUGUCGGUGAUGACGGAAGCCAGCAAUGAAGAUGGUGGCAGCAGUGAUGAUGGUCAGACCAGCAAGCUAAUGCCCAGCCCUUCAAUAACCACUAAGAAAGUGUCUACAGAACAUGGCAGGCUGGUUGAGACUGAGCACAAAGAAACCGGGGCUGUGGCGUUACCGAUAUACCUUCGCUUCCUGCGGUCGUGCACCAUUCCACUAUGCCUUGUGACCAUUCUGCUUCACAUCAUAAACCAGAGCCUUCUUGUCGCAUCCAACUUCUCACUGUCCAUGUGGUCCAGUGAUUCUAGUGCCUUCGAUCGCAACCUCUCGGGAAACAGGUGGAACAGCUCGUCACAGUUUGACAACGGACCAUAUCUGACGAUGUAUACGAGUUUGGCUUUCAGUGCCAUUGUCCUGGCUUUGAUAGCCACCAUCAUUUUGUACUACACAACUCUCCAUGGCUCGGCCCACCUCUUCAAGGCCAUGCUGCACAAAAUACUCAAGGUGUCGCCCAGAUUUUUUGAAAAAAAUCCUAGUGGAAGAAUACUCAACAGAUUUUCAGCAGAUGUAAUAGCAGUUGACCAGCGAUUGUCUUCCAACAUUGAAGUGUUGCUGCGUUGUGGUCUGAAUGCUGUGGAAGCCAUCAUCGUGAACAGCAUCACGACACCGUACUUCCUGAUCGCGGCCUUGCCUCUCAUCGUCCUCUACUACUGCCUUCAGCGCUUCUUCCGCAGCUCAUCCAGAGAGCUUCAGAGAUUGGACAGCGUAACAAAGUCACCUAUAUUUUCUCUCUUCUCAGAAACAUUGAAUGGCUUACAGACUAUUCGAGCUUUUAGAGUGCAGACAGACUUCAAGAGAAGGAUAUUUGCUGCUAUUGAUAAGAACGUGAUGCCAUUUCUGUAUCUUCACACUACAAACAGGUGGCUUGGUGUUAGACUGGACUAUCUGGGCUGCUUCCUGGUGUUUUUCUCAGCUGUGUGUAGUCUUAGUGCUGGUGCACUUGGCCAUACCAACCCGGCAUUCAUCGGACUCUGUAUCACGUAUGCUUUACUGAUAUCCAACCAGCUGAACUGGAUUGUGAGAACGUCGGCCGAUAUAGAGCUGAACAUGAAUGCUGUUGAGCGUAUGGAGGAAUACAUUGAACUACCACAGGAGGAGAACACACACGAAGACGGCAAGAUAACUGUGACUGAUGACUGGCCGGACCAUGGCAGCAUAGAGUUCCACAAUGUGUGCCUGGCAUAUGACGCCGACCUGGAACCCGUGCUCAACCACGCAACAUUCAGUAUUAACGGAGGAGAGAAGAUUGGUCUUUGUGGAAGAACUGGCAGUGGAAAGUCAUCGUUGGCACUGUCUCUGUUUCGUAUGCUGGAACUGACGUGUGGUGAGAUAUACAUCGAUGAUAAGAAUAUCCACCGCGUCGACCUGUCCACCUUGCGGUCACGACUGGCCAUCAUUCCACAGGACCCGUUCCUCUUCUCUGGAAGUGUCAGACAUAACAUGGAUCCAACGUACCAGGUGGAUGAUGACCAGCUAUGGGCGGCCCUCGGUGUUGUCCAGAUGAAAGAAGUCAUAGAGAAUUUAGAAGGCCAGCUGGAUUUCACUGUAUCCGAAGGGGGAGAUAACUUUAGUGUUGGUCAGAAACAGUUGCUGUGCCUUGCCAGAGCAUUUCUGAGAGAUUCCAAGAUAAUCAUUCUAGAUGAGGCUACAGCGUCCAUCGACAUGUCAACAGACAAAAAACUUCAGGAGGUUGUCAUGGAUUCAGCAUUUAAAAACAAAACUAUUUUGACAAUUGCUCAUCGUGUCACAACUAUACUCAAUUAUGAUCGUAUCCUGGUUCUCGAUUACGGCAACAUUGUCGAGUUUGACUCACCACAAACACUGUUAGAUACACCGAAAAGCUAUUUUUCCACACUUAUCAAGGAAGCAAGCAAAUAGUUCUUCAGAUGCAUUUUGAAAGGGGUUUGGCGAUACAAACAAAACAAAUUUGUUUUUUGGCAGUUUCUUUGCUUUGAAAAAAAUCAAAUAUUAACUGUAAAUGUUAUUAGUUUCUCAUCAAAAAUUACCAUGUUUUAAAAGUUCCUUAUGAUGCCCUUGAACAUUCUAGUCAUACUGAUCUAUAACAUGGUGGUUACUGUACCAAGAGAUUCUUUUUGUUGUGUUCCACUUCAAAAUCUUAUUCUGACUGUUGGUGAGAAAAAGACUCGCCCUGUCUUGGAUACAUGCACUAUGGAAUCUUGGAGUAUGUACCCAAGACUCGCUCUGUCUUGGAUACAUGCACUAGGGAAUCUUGGAGAAUGUACCCAAGACUCGCCCUGUCUUGGAUACAUGCACUAGGGAAUCUUGGAGAAUGUACCCAAGACUCGCCCUGUCUUGGAUACAUGCACUAGGGAAUCUUGGAGAAUGUACCCAAGACUCGCCCUGUCUUGGAUACAUGCAAUAGGGAAUCUUGGAGUAAUGUACCCAAGACUCGCCCUGUCUUGGAUACAUGCAAUAGGGAAUCUUGGAGUAUGUACCCAAGACUCGCCCUGUCUUGGAUACAUGCAAUAGGGAAUCUUGGAGUAUGUACCCAAGACUCGCCCUGUCUUGGAUACAUGCACUAGGGAAUCUUGGAGUAUGUACCCAAGACAAUCUUACUUGAACCUUCAGUGAAUGUAAGCAUGAGGCAAAUUGUUGAUUGGUUGAGUGUGAAACAAGACUCUGUCAUCUUGUGUUUGUGCACUAUAAGUUUUGACUGGAUUGGCACAAAAUUUAAAUUUCCUGUGGAAACUUUAAGUUCUUGUAGUUAGCCGUGAACAGUUACAUUGUAUGUUGGUAUUGUGCUCCAAAAUUUGUAUUAUGGUAUGGUAAAAAGGACAGUCUUAAACUGAGCAUGUUGUUGAUAAAAAGAUAUAAUAUUGUGUGACUAUGUCAUUGAUACUGAUACAGUGUGCACUUGCAUACUAAUAUUUCCAGUUACAAAUCUGGCUGUGCUAGACCUGGUUGUUGUAGAAAUGGUUUCAGUAUUUUGUUUGUUAUAAAGCAUCUGUGCGAUUGUCUACUUCAAACAUAAAGCUGUCAACCAAGAUACACAGUAUUACAGAAAUUUGAGAAUGAUCGGCCAUAAGGAAUGACCAUUUAAAUGGAUAUACAACAAAAUGCUUUUAAGUGUCUUGCUCCACCGUUAAUGGAUAA